AACGCAAUAACUCUCAGCACUGUAGUGUUAGUUUGGAAUUUGUCGAGUAUAAAAACGUACUUAUUGUUAUUAUACUUAAAUCUCAAUGUGUUAAUAUGAAUUACAGCAGAGCUACAUUAAAUUCAGACUGGCACAAAAAGAGGGAAGCAGAACCAAAAGACUAUGAUUUUACUACGUGUUGUGAUGGGGAAAAAAAGUCGCACAGAUCUACAUACAAACGCCUGGGCACAUGCUUGGAUGCAGACUGGAUCACAACAGCCCAGAUGUAUCAGUAUCCUUCAAAGAAAGAAUGUGAUGCUAGAGAAACUCCGAAAUUAAUGGUGCAGGCUGACUGUUUUAACUCUCUGGUAUUUGACAGAAUAACAGGACCAUUACAUUUUAUGUGCACAUCUGUUUUACCCUGUCAAUCACAAGGCUAUGGUCAAAGACCUAGGGAUCAGACCUAGGGCCUAAAGACCAAUGCCACAGUGAUGCAUCAACUCUAUCAACCUCAUCCUACAGAUGUGUGAAUGUUGUGCCACUUAGUUACAGUUGUAUCACUUAAAUAAAUGUGUAUAUGCUUUUUUAAUGUA